AACAGUAGUCAACAGACUUAUGUAACUUUGGUCUGGCUAUCUUCUGCCGUAUUUUUCCAAAGACAGUUCUAGACAUACUGUAUAUUGUGGCAAUCAUUAAGCUUUUACAGGAGGAAAGUUAGGAUUUGGCACAGGUGCAUUACAGCCUGACUUAACAAAUUUCUCCUUCUCCACAUCUCUCCUCUCUCUCUUUUACUUACCUCCCUCCCCCCCCACUUUCUUCCUUCCUCAUCCCCUCCGGAGACCGUAGGCCACACUCACCUCAGCUUGCAGCCUGAAACAGAGGGGGACAGAGUGAGGUUGUGUUUCACACUGUGUAGCAAUGUUUUCUUUUUGGUCUGUCCUUUUGACUGGCCUGGUCAGUCUGUGCAUUUGCCAACAUUAUGACUAUGAUUAUGAUCCUGCUCCACAGUCUAUCAUAUCCUCACCCAAUUGUGCCCAGGAGUGCGACUGUCCCAUCAACUUUCCUAGUGCUAUGUACUGUGACAAUCGUAAUCUGAAGGCUGUUCCUUUUGUCCCUACCGGAAUAAAAUACCUUUACCUGCAGAACAACCACAUUGAAGAAAUUAAAACGGGUGUUUUUGACAAUGUCACUGACCUCCGAUGGCUUGUCAUUGACCACAACAACAUUACCAGUGACAAGAUCCAGUCAGGAACCAUUGACAAGCUAACCAAACUUGAAAAGCUUAUCUUCAGCCACAACAAGCUGACUAAACCUCCUAGCCCUCUUUCAAAGUCUUUGGAUGAGAUAAAAAUGAUUGGUAACCAGCUUACCACAUUUCCCUCUGGCACCUUGUCUGGCAUGAAUAACCUCACCACCAUCCACCUGUCUAAGAACCAACUGACAUCGGAAGGCAUAUCUGGAGCCUUUAAAGGACUGAAGUCCCUGAUUCUACUGGAUCUGAGUGAGAACAAACUGAAAAAGCUUCCAGCUUUGCCUCCUGCUCUGCUGAUGCUCUAUGCUGACAACAAUGAAAUUGACAGCAUCCCCAAUGGCUACCUGGCUAAACUGCCUGAACUGCAGUACCUGCGUGUCUCUCACAACAAGCUGAAAGAUGCAGGUAUUCCAGCAGGUGUGUUCAAUGUCACCUCUCUUCUGGAAUUGGACCUGUCCUUCAACAAGCUCAAGUCUAUACCUGAAGUUAAUGAAGCACUUGAGCACUUGUACCUGCAAGUCAAUGAAAUUGCCGAUUUUAAGCUGGAAAACAUCUGCAAGUUCAUCUCCCCUGUAAACUUCUCCAGACUGAAGACUCUGCGUCUGGAUGGGAACAAUAUUACUGAAAAAAACAUGCCUUAUGAUGCAAACAACUGUCUCCGUCAGGCCUCUGAAAUCAUUUUUGACUAGGGAAAUUACAUAAAAGCUAAAGUGCAGGGUCACUGCUUUAUCUGUCGCUUUAUCAAUGAUUUAUUUGACUUUUGAUUUCCAUCUUGAAGGUUACUGAGGAUCUGAGUACCAGACAAACAUGAUAAUAUUUAUGCCAGUAUAGCCUUAAAUAACCAAAUAUGUCUUGGUUAUAUUUAUUUAAAGUGGCGUAUUUACUGAGAUAUAGAUCUGCACAUGUUUGCACCACAGUAAAAGAAAAGUCAUACUAAAACAUAUACCAAGUACUACUUCUAAAGUCUUGAAAAAUCAAUAACGGUACACAAAAUACCAGUUAUAUUGUAUUAGGAGCACAUUUAUUGAAGUUAUGUAGACCUAGUGUGUUAGUAAAGACACAAUACACUUGUUAUGUGUCUUUAUGUAUCUUAUUUUGACGCAAGCAGACACAACAAACAGUCCUACAUUUACUAUUUAUAUGUAUCAAACUGAAUAGAUCCCUAUUUGAUAUUAAAGCUGUUGUAUAAAUUGUCUAAAUGCUGGCAACACUACUACUUACUACUACUUACUUAUUACUAACACAUA